AUGGCAGGUGGUAGGACGCGACGACCCGAGCGGAGCUCCAGUGACACGUGCUGUAAGCUAGGCAGCAGGAGAUACGCAUGUUGCCCACUUCCGAACGCCGUCUGCUGUCCGGACCGGGAACACUGCUGUCCAUCUGGGUACGCGUGCGAUAACGAAACGGACGCGUGCAAGCCGCCCCACACAGGAGAAGCGGCCCGCGCGGUGUUCCUGACGCAGGCUCUUGGCGGUAGCGCGAACCGCCAUGCGGAGAGGUACGUCGUCUGCGGUCUUCAAGGCAAGACAGUAUGCCCCUCCAGCCACACGUGCUGCACGACGACGCUGGGGAGUGUUACCAACCACAGUUGCUGUCCGUCCCGGGACGCCGUAUGCUGCGCUGACGGAAGACACUGCUGCCCCAAGAGAACAACGUGCGAUCUUGCCGCUGGACGAUGCAUCCACAACGAGGUCGACUUGCCUGGAACCAGAACGCUCAGGCUGACUCCUGCGAGGCAGUACGGAAAGGAGAGUACGCCCCGUCCCGUCUCGGGGGUCAUCGUGCCGUGUAGCGAUGGAAGGUCUCACUGCCCCGACGGGUACACUUGUUGCGUGGCGCCCAGCGGAUCGUACAGCUGCUGCCCGCUGAAAGACGCCGUGUGCUGCGACGACAACGUGCACUGCUGUCCCCACGGAACCGUGUGCAACCCUGACCGCGGUGCUUGCCAAAAGGAAGGACUUUUGCACGUGCCGUGGAGUACCAAGGUUCCGGCCACCCCACUCUUGUAAAGCAGUCAUCUUAGAAUACCACGCAGAUCGCUUUUGGGAUGUCGUUUAGCGGAUAUCUUAACUAAAAUAUUGACUAUAAAUUCAUUCUUCACGAUUCGUUUUCAAUUCGCUUCUGGUGGGCGCUAACAACAAUUAUUUAUCUUGCGUGCCUCCCUUAGUACCACAGAUACCUCGGCUUCCACUUCACCCUUAUCUAUUCCCCUUCCGUGCAAAGGGUAUGUGUAUGCCCCUGAACGGGACCACAUGGCGCGAAUGAGCACAAAAUGAAGCUCGCAUGCUUACAGGCCGUGCAAUACUUUUUGAGCAUGCUCACAAAAUGCUGCCGAUGGGUAGUCGAGGCUCCUCAAAGCAUGUUAUCCAAACACCAUAGCGCAGCACGCGGCCUGGAAUUUACAAUUAAUUCUCAAAGUGCAGCUAGAAAUCGUUCCCUCUUCCCUCGACAAAUGAAACCAUAAACCCAAAGUACAUGACC